CUUCCGUGUGCAGCGGCGCGGGAGCGGGAGGCGGCGGUCCGGAUCCCUCGCGGACCCCUGGGAUCUGCCCCUGCACCGAGACCCGGGCCGUACGUCCCGGCCGCGGGGCUCGUCCUGGGCAGGCCCACACCGAGCCCGCGCGCGAGGGGACCUGCGCGGGGAGCCAGACGCCGGCCGUCGCGACCCCUGGGCGCCCGGCCCCGGCCGGGAGGUCUGCUGGGAAUCAGCCCAGGCGGGGGCGGCAGCCCUACUUCUCCUGGUGGUGCUGAGUAGCAGGAGCAGCAGGAGCAGGAGGAGCUGGGACCAAGGACACGUGGGAGCUGGGAGCCCCAGCCCUGCUCCAGGUCCCACCAUGGCGCCAUUCCUGCGCAUCGCCUUCAACUCGUACGAGUUGGGCUCUCUGCAGACUGAGGCUGAGGCGGGCCAGCCUUUCUGCGCCGUGAAGAUGAAGGAGGCACUCAGCACAGAGCGAGGAAAGACGUUGGUACAGAAGAAGCCGACUAUGUAUCCUGAGUGGAAGUCAACGUUUGACGCCCACAUCUACGAGGGCCGCGUCAUCCAGAUCGUGCUGAUGCGGGCGGCCGAGGACCCAGUGUCCGAGGUGACCGUGGGCGUGUCAGUGCUGGCCGAGCGCUGCAAGAAGAACAACGGCAAGGCUGAGUUCUGGCUGGACCUGCAGCCUGAGGCCAAGGUGUUGAUGUCUGUACAGUACUUCCUGGAGGACGGGGACUGCAAACAGUCUAUGCGUAGUGAGGAGGACAACAAGUUCCCAACAAUGAACCGCCGCGGAGCCAUCAAACAAGCCAAGAUCCACUACAUCAAGAACCACGAGUUUAUUGCCACCUUCUUCGGACAGCCCACCUUCUGUUCCGUGUGCAAAGAGUUUGUCUGGGGUCUCAACAAGCAAGGCUACAAGUGCAGGCAAUGCAACGCCGCCAUCCACAAGAAAUGCAUCGAUAAGAUCAUCGGCCGGUGCACUGGCACUGCCGCUAACAGCCGGCACACCAUAUUCCAGAAAGAACGCUUCAACAUCGACAUGCCGCAUCGGUUCAAGGUUUACAACUAUAUGAGCCCCACCUUCUGUGACCACUGCGGCAGCCUGCUGUGGGGGCUGGUGAGGCAGGGGUUAAAGUGUGAAGACUGUGGCAUGAAUGUGCACCACAAGUGCCGGGAGAAAGUGGCCAACCUCUGUGGUAUCAACCAGAAGCUCCUGGCCGAGGCCUUGAACCAAGUCAGCCAGAGAUCUUCCCGAAAGCAGGACUCAGGGUCUUCGGAGCCUGUCGGGAUAUACCAGGGUUUUGAGAAGAAGCCAGAAGUCGUUGGGAAUGAUGCCCCAGACAACAAUGGGACCUACGGCAAGAUCUGGGAAGGCAGCACCAGGUGCAGGAUUGAAAACUUCACCUUCCACAAGGUCCUAGGCAAAGGCAGCUUUGGGAAGGUCCUGCUUGCAGAGCUCAAGGGCAAAGGCCAGUUCUUCGCUGUCAAGGCCCUCAAGAAGGACGUAGUGCUGAUCGACGACGAUGUGGAGUGCACCAUGGUGGAGAAGCGGGUGCUGGCGCUCGCCUGGGAGAAUCCCUUUCUCACCCACCUCUUCUGCACCUUUCAGACCAAGGAGCACCUGUUCUUUGUGAUGGAGUUCCUCAACGGCGGGGACCUGAUGUACCACAUCCAGGACAAAGGCCGCUUUGAGCUCUACCGUGCCACGUUUUAUGCAGCGGAAAUCAUCUGUGGAUUGCAGUUUUUACACAACAAAGGAAUCAUUUACAGGGACCUCAAGCUGGAUAAUGUGAUGCUGGACCGGGAGGGCCACAUCAAGAUAGCUGACUUUGGCAUGUGUAAGGAGAACAUAUUUGGGGAAAACCGAGCCAGCACCUUCUGUGGGACCCCCGACUACAUCGCCCCUGAGAUCCUCCAGGGCCUGAAGUACACGUUCUCCGUGGACUGGUGGUCCUUCGGGGUCCUCCUCUAUGAGAUGCUCAUUGGUCAGUCCCCCUUCCACGGCGAUGAUGAGGACGAGCUCUUCGAGUCCAUCCGUGUGGACACACCACAUUAUCCCCGCUGGAUCACCAAGGAAUCCAAGGACAUCCUGGAGAAGCUCUUUGAAAGAGACCCAGUCAAGAGGCUGGGAAUGACGGGAAACAUCAAAAUCCACCCCUUCUUCAAGACCAUCAAUUGGACUCUGCUGGAGAAGCGGAGAGUGGAGCCACCCUUCAGGCCCAAAGUGAAAUCCUCUGGAGACUACAACAACUUCGACCAGGAGUUCCUGAACGAGAAGCCACGCCUGUCUCACAGCGAUAAGAACCUCAUCGACUCCAUGGACCAGACGGCAUUUGCGGGCUUCUCCUUUGUGAACCCCAAGUAUGAGCACCUCCUGGAAGGCUGAGGCGCAUGCAUGUCCUCUGCACCCCGGGUGGAGUGGGCUGGCUCCCCGUGUCAUCACCUGCCAGGGCCCACUGAGCAGCAACUGUGACUGUCCUGACCUCAGCUGCUGCCCCAUCCCCAGAGGGGCUCGGCUGGGCCGGCUGGGCCCUUGCGGUACUUCCUCUGUGAACUGUGUGUGAAUUUGCUUUCCUCUGCCCCAGAGGGAAACUGUAAAUCCUGUGUUUCAUUACUUGAAUGUAGUUAUCUAUUGAAAAUAUAUAUUAUAUAUAUACAUAUAUAUAUAAUAGGCUGUAUAUAUUGCUCAGUAGAGAGAAAGCAUGGGGGACCAGUGAUGUGUUGGGUUUUGGAAUAUAUAUAUAUAUAUAUCUCCAAAAGGGGAUGAAAGGAUCCUAAUCUGUUUGAACCACCAGGUUCUUUUCAUUUGUGUGUCUAAAUAAAUACUCAAUGGUA